UGUAAGUAGUCCUGGUUUCUUCUGUGUGAAAAGUUGAAAACUCACUUGAUUUAACUACGAAUCAAAAACUCAUAGUCAUGAAAUCUUACAACCCAAACCAAACUUAUUACAAUGAUUCACAAAUUUGUGCAAAGCAGCAACAAUAAAAUCACCAGGGACACAGCUAUUCCCACAUCCUAUCAGUUUCUCAUUUUCCAUCUCGUGCACAUCUGAAUCUUUUUUAUUUUUUUUUAUUUGGUCAAAUAAGGAGAAUAUAAGCCUUUUGCAUUUUCAUGCAGCAGGGUUCAAUCUACAUGAAUAAAUGAUGAUGCCUGCCUGUGAGAUAGGCUGAGAGACACUGCAUCUGUCUGUGCACACAAAUGGUCUCUGUGCAGCGCCGAGCGCCCCGAUUACCAUUCUGAGCACAGCACCCCUGGUCAGAAAUGAAGCCUGGUAUAGGUGGUUGACAGUCGUCCAGAGGGCACAGGGGGUUGGAUUGACUACAUUGUGGCUCCAACCUUUUAUUCAAUCUGGAUUAAGUCGCUCUGAGCCCUGCGUAGCCAGAAAAACCCAGUGAACAUCUGGUUGGAUUCUGCUCAGCAGCAGCAGCAUCAGCAGCAGCUUCAGCUCAGCAGCAGCAGCAGCAGCAGUCAGUCAGUCACAGGGCUGUAGAUAUAAGAGCAGUCUGUCGCUACAAAGGCGUUUUCUCUUGUGGAGGUUCACACAGGCGGAUGCGCAGCGCAGCAGAGGCGAUCCCACACAGCUGCAGCCACACCGGGACCCUUCAGUCUGCGCUUCCCUGCGCCUUUUUCACUCCGCUUUGCGAGGGGGAAACCUGAGCUGCAUUGCUCGGAUUUGAGGACAUCGCACAGCAGAGGAGUCGUCCUUUAUCUGCUGUUCAUGGAUUUCUUGAAGGGCAUCGCUGAUUUCGCAGGCCGUCAUAUGUUCUAGCAGCAGAGACGCAUGUUUUCGGGACAGCUGAAUGGUCUCCAUCGGGUCCAAUUUUAGCCAAGACCCGUCAGUAUGAACUCAGCCCCCCCGGGAGGAAAAAGGUUCAAACACACCCAGCUGUCUCACUUGGCUUGAUGUUUCCCUUUCAAGGUGCAUGAACCAGCCUGAAAAGCCCAAAUGGAGUCACUCUUGGUUUAUCUGAUGGUUCUUGGUGUGGCAGUCAAGGCGCACAAGGUUCAAAUCUGUCCCAAACGCUGUGUUUGCCAAGUGCUCAAUCCUAAUCUGGCUACUUUGUGCGACAAAAAGGGACUGCUGUUCGUGCCACCAAACAUUGAUAGGCACACAGUGGAGAUGCGUCUUGGAGAUAACUUUGUAACCAACAUCAAACGGAAAGACUUUGCUAACAUGACUAAGCUGGUAGACCUGACUCUCUCUCGAAAUAGCAUCGGAACCAUCGCCCCUCACGCUUUCAAAGAUUUAGAGAACUUGCGAGCUCUUCACCUCGACAGCAACCGACUCACUCGCAUUACCAACGACACCUUCAGUGGCAUGUCCAAGCUGCACCACCUGAUCCUGAACAACAACCAGCUCACCCACAUCCACAUUGGAGCUUUCAAUGACCUCACAGCACUGGAAGAGCUGGACCUAUCCUACAAUAACUUAGAAAGCGCCCCGUGGGUGGCCAUUCAGAGAAUGCCCAAUCUCCACACCCUCAACAUGGACCACAACAUGCUCAGCUACAUCCCAGAGGGCACCUUCUCUGGGCUGCAGAAGCUUAAAAGGCUGGACGUGACCUCGAACAAGCUUCAAAAGCUUCCUCCUGACCCUGUCUUCCAAAGAGCGGGAGUCCUGGCCACCUCUGGGAUAAUGGGACCAACAUCAUUCGCUCUGAGCUUUGGAGGAAACCCUCUGAGAUGUAACUGUGAGCUUCUCUGGCUGCGGAGACUGCGACGGGAGGAUGAUCUGGAGACCUGUGCCUCACCGCAGCACCUGGCUGGACGGUAUUUCUGGACGGUAUCAGAGGAAGAGUUCUUGUGUGAGCCUCCUCUCAUCACCAGACACUCCCAGGAGCUGCGAGCUCUGGAGGGUCAGAGUGUGAGUCUACGCUGUAAAGCCAGGGGUGACCCCGAUCCCAUUAUCCACUGGAUCGCUCCUGACGGACGCCUUAUGUCCAAUUCAUCCAGGGCUGUGGUCCACACUGAUGGGACGUUGGACAUCCUUAUCAGCACCGUUAAAGACUCUGGGUCUUUCACCUGUGUGGCCUCCAAUCCCGCGGGAGAGGCCCAGCAGACGGUGGAUCUGGUCAUUGCCAAACUCCCUCACAUUGCCAACAACACAGUCACAGAGCAGGAGCCUGACCCAGGAUCAUCAGAUAUCGCUACAGUGACCAAGACGGGUACGGAGCCCGGAGGGGUGCCUCUGGGAAACACCAAGACCAGCCACGAGAAGAAAGUGGUGACAGCUGAGGCCACAUCCACCUCUGCACUGAUCAAGUUCAACUUCCAGAGGAGUAUUCCCGGAAUCCGCAUGUUCCAGAUUCAGUACAAUGGCUCAUAUGAUGAUUCACUGGUGUACAGGAUGAUCCCUCCAACCAAUAAGGAUAUCUUAGUAAACAACCUAGCGGCUGGUACAAACUAUGACCUGUGUGUGUUGGCCAUCUAUGAUGACCAGGUGACCUCGCUGACUGCCACCAGGGUGAUCGGCUGCGUCCACUUCACUACAGAGCCUCAGUAUCUGAGAUGUCAUUUCAUGCAGUCGCAGUUCCUUGGCGGCACCAUUGUCGUUAUCAUCGGAGGGAUUAUCGUGGCCUCUGUUCUUUCUUUUAUCAUCUUCCUCAUUGUGCGCUACCGGGUGUGUAACCAAGGAGAAGCAGAUAAGGCUCUGGAGAUGGGGGACAUUCGGUCACUGAGCAGUGAUGGACAGCUACAAGGAUGUGGAAUUUCCAAAUCCGUGUCCAAGCAGGUUCUACGUCCAGAAAAAAAUGACAAAGAUUGCAUCAGGGUUUCCCUGCCCCCGCCCGAACCGACAAAGCAACAUCCGCCGGUUGUUGUAGCGUCGACCAAAACAUCUGUCCCUGACUGCACUGUGUCUACCUCUGCUGCAAGUCACAGCUGGCACCCAGCAUCUCCAGGUGCUCUGAGGCCCAAGCGUUGCAGUGCACCACCCAAACACUCGGACGGACGCCGAGCUGAGGCUCAGGCGGACGUCGAGCUCAAUAACAUGAACUGCAAUAACUCCUCAGAUGUUAAAAUGGCAGCCGCUGCUGCUUUGGCAGUCCCCGGCCAGCCCACCAAGUGGACUGCUGCCCACCGGGGUCACCGACCGCACCAGGCCAGGCAUUACAUGACUGUGCCUGCAGGGGGAGUUAGGGUCAACCGCAGGCACUCUCUUAAUGCAGACUCAUACUUUGAGCGCUGCUAUGUAGCCUACCCCAAAACUGGGGCCAGUCUGCGUUCCAAGCGGAGCCUGUCCAUGAGUGGCGAGCUGCCACAGCUUGAGAGCACAACAAACAUUCACCAGGCCAGGGACAAGCUCUCUCGCUCUGAAUGGCUGCUGGAGAGCACUUUAUGAUUUGGAGUUUACAACCUGCGCUUUCUUGUGUUCUUGGAGAUAUGGCCCUUUGAGAAACACGGGGUUUAUGCCUUGUUUGGAGUUCUUGAGCCCCCAUCAAGGGACAUAUAAGUUUAUGACAUAUAUCUGAGGACAAGGCAGGCAAACGGGGUUGUGGGAAAGGUUUCACAUUUGUUUACCUUAUAAUAUAUCAUAUUUGAUCAAACUUCAAUGAAAGGCACAACAAUGUAUAAAACAAGGUCAUGUACAAAAAUGUUUAGUUGUGUGAGAUACUGUAUAUCACAGUACAACCUUAUGUGUUCAUGUGGUAUUGAAUGCAGUAACCCGGACACUGUAUUAUAACAAAAGGAAGGACCGUGCAGGAGCGUUGCCUGUUACUCAAAAGGAUACAAUCUCUAUAGACCUUGAAUAUGAUUCUUGUCUCCAGCUUUACAGACAGAUGGUGACACGUCUUAUUUUCUGCGAUGAGAGAUUGCAAACUCGUUUCACAUCCCAGAGGUGUUGGAUCCCAGUGUAGGAGACAGACAGCAAUCCAUCUUUCCUCUACCCUCACUCCCAGACACAGCACAAUGCAGCAUACAUGUGGCUCGAGUCAAUUCAGCCCAAUACUGCCCUCUGGUUUGAAUCAAUACAUUUGUAUCAUGUAAUUACAUAAAGACUGAGCUCUGAUAGAAUUUCUGUCAUGACUGAUCUGAGUGACAGUGGAACCAUUACCCACAGCAUGACAGGUGCAGGGGAACAAAUCUGAUAUCACAGGUGGAUACGAUCAGCACAAAUGGUUAAUUUCCAUAUUUUUUACUUACUGAUGCUAUCAUGUCCUGCACAGUGACAACCAUUGUAAAUUAACUUGUCAAUGUAAGAAAAGAGAUAAUCACACAUAUGAAAGGACACCAGCUCUUGAUUUUGCUGUUGUUUCUGUUUGAUGUUUAUCAGUAUAAAUAAACCAGUGACAAAAGGGAUGUAUUUCUAAUUUAAUUUUGGUUUUCAGACUCCCUUGGGCAUUGUCACGUCAGUUAUUUUUUGUUAUCAUUAAGUGUAAGUCUGUAACUUAAAAGAUAUAGUCUGCAGUGUUCUGGUCAUUAAUAUAGUGUUUUGGUCCGUAAACAGAGAGCAUUGCGCUCCUUUUCUAUCCCGCAGGUGGUGCUAAUCCUAUAACAUGGUCAAAAUUUUUUACACAGGACUUGUCAAGGACUGAAAGUUGUCCCCUGGACUUGAGGAACACACCAAUUGGAAAGAUGCAUCUGAUCAUCUGGUUGGCUAAAUAUAGCACAAAUUCCACAGUUCUAUGGAGCUGUACAACUUCUACAUUGUUGUGCUAAGACAUUCAAGAUAUAGUAUUUAUGAUAUAGACAAAAAAAAAGUCCUCAUCAAAAGAGUCGCUUUUAUGUUGCCACUUAAAAAUGUUGCUGUUUUAAACUGCCUGAAAAAUAUCCUUGGUAUGUUUCUUUUUUUAUUAUUAUUAUUUGCAAGAAACAGUGACAGUUAAAGUGGAAAUAUCUACCAGUGGAAAAUGGGCUAAGUUCACACUGCAGGUGAAAGUAAACAGCACCAUUCAGAUUAUUAUUUUCAAAUUCAACACCAGUCCAGUUUCAUAUGUAGCCCUUAAUCGGAUACGUACUGCAUGUGUCUGACCUUUACAUCAUUGAGGAGAGACAGAAGUCACAUUUCUGUGCUGGAGCAAGGAGGACGUGGCAUAUAGAGUGUAAAUAAUGAAUGGAACAACCAUGAGCUUGUCAGUGUAAAGAACAAGAUUGUCAAGUUUCACUGCCUCCCUCUCACCACCUCUUUUAUGGAGAUCGACAGGAGGUGGAGAAAAAUGAGAGAGACAAAACCUAGAGAGCCGUCUGCUCGGCUACGGAGAGACCAAAGGCUCUCUGAUUGAUGGCCAUGUUACUGAAACUAUUUGACAUUGAUUGCAACUUCCAAAAAUGAUACAUACAUGCUGACAUAAGGAGCAUGAAUAUUUAUACACAUAUGAUCACAAUGGUCACUUCAGGUCCAUAAACCAUUCAGUCAGUCGCAUGAAAAAUAUAUAAUUAAAAAAACAGGCAAAACAAAUCAGAUCUCAGCAACAAAAAAUCUGAAUUGAGCAACAAUACCUGCAGUGUGAAUGAAGCCCUACACCCUGACGGGGGCAGAAAGAAAAGACAGUUGUGGCAGUUGGGUUUGCUUUGUGUUUGUGAACAGUAAGCAAAAGAUGUUCAACUUGUUUAACAUGUUGUGACAUAAAAAUGUUUUAUUUAGAUAAACUAAGAUUAACUAUCCCAGACACACCUACAGUGUGAUUUUUGUUCGCUGGGCUCUCGACUUUUUAAUAACAAAAAAUGCUUGAAAGGAAAGGAAAAAAAAUGAAAAUGCAGACAGAAAGCUAAUGAACUGCUAAUGAACUACAUAUUCCUGUGACUCACUCACUCGACAUUAUUGAGAGGAUUAUAUUAUAUAUUAUGAUUUUUUUUUUCUCAGUUUGCUAUUACAGGAAAUUCAAGCCUACAAUACCAUAAAGAUAAAAACAAUAGAAGCGCCUCAUAGUAAGGAGUGCU